CUAUACAUUCAGUGGCUCUGAGAAGGGGCUGCAUACCGUCACCUUUUAUAAAUCAAAUUAAGUGUACGGCAGUUAAGCGAUCUGGGUUUUUUCGAUGUUCGUUUAAAACAUUAGGAAACAGCUGAUUAGAAGAAUCUAUCAGCGUAAACGGGCCAUAUUUAUACGGAGGAUUCUGAAUAAUUUAAAUCGUUGUCAUUGCGGUGAAGAGUUUCUGCAGGACCUGCACGUCCUUUAAACACAGAGGAGGUAAACAGUCUGUGCAGAUCGUGGGAACAGUUUACCUCCAGUGUGAGACGCAGGCCUGUCCAGGAUGAAAAGCACCCGGGUUGUGGUGGUCGGAGGAGGUGUGGUCGGCUUCUCCACCGCUGUCUGCAUCGCUGAGGCUCUGCCUUCCUGUUCUGUCACUCUGCUGGCGGAGAAGUUCAGUCCUGACACCACCAGCGAUGGAGCUGCUGGGCUCAUGUUUGCUACAAAGUUUCCAGAUAUUCCCUUGGAGAGACAAAGACGCUGGUUCAAGAACAGCUUUGAUCACCUGCUGGCUCUUGCUACAUCCCAACACUCACCAGAUGCUGGAGUCAUGCUGAGCUCUGGCUGGCAAAUUUUCAAGGACGUUCCAACCGAUAAGAAGCCCUUCUGGUCAGAUUUUGUGAUCGGCUUCAGAUUCAUGACUGACGCUGAACUGAAAAUGUUUCCAGAUCACAAGUUUGGCCAUGCGUUCACCACCAUUAAAUGUGAAUGUCCCAGCUACCUGCCAUGGCUCGAGAACAGGUUCAGAGAAGCUGGCGGUCAGGUGGAACAGAGGAAGGUCAACAGUCUUCAGGAAUUAAGCAGCAGCUUUGACCUCAUAGUCAACUGCUCCGGUCUGGGCUCUAGAACGCUGGUGGGUGACAACGACAUCUACCCCAUCAGAGGUCAGGUCCUCAAGGUGGAGGCGCCCUGGCUUAAGCACUUCAUCCGAGCUGGAGAUGGAAUGACCUACAUCUACCCCGGCAUAGACGCCGUCACCAUAGGCGGCACGAGGCAGGAGGGGGACUGGCGGCUACAAGUGGACGAAGGCGACACAGAGAGCAUCCUGGAGCGCUGCAGCAGGCUGGUGCCGUCCAUCAGCAAAGCCAAAGUUCUCAGCAAGUGGGUCGGUCUGAGGCCAACCAGGAGGAACCCGAGGGUGGAGAGGGAAGUGGUGCAGCUGCAGGGUCGCAGGGUGCCUGUGGUACACAACUACGGCCACGGAGCCUGGGGAGUCACCAUCGCCUGGGGCACCGCCGUGGACGCACUGGGGCUGGUCAGGAAGUGCCUUCGUGAUCUGCCACAAAAGGCUAAACUGUGAAGUGUGAAGUCAGUCUGCCACUAGAUCCUGAUUUUACUCCGUCCUGAUGACACUGGCCUUGAAAUAAUAGAGAUUUGAAUCACUAAUAGACGACAAAGAACGAAGAACAAUUCUAAAACUUAAAUCUUGAGAAUUUGUAGUAGCUUUGACAUUUAAAACAUUUGGAUAUGAGGAAAUUCUUUAUGUAAAAAUAAUUUAUUUUGGUGAAUAAUUUUUGUGUGAUGAAUUGUGGCUGGUUUUGAGAGAAUAUCAUACUAUUAUACUUUUUAAAUUUCUGCUACGAGGUGCCAAUGAGAGCUGCCUCUGUGGUCAGAGAGAUGACUAAAAGCCUUGUUAGAAUUUUUAUAGUGUGUAUAUAAAAAAUCUUUAUUAAUUUAAUUCAUGAAAAGGAAAGUACUGUACAAAAUUACUGAUGUGAAAUGAAUGAUUCAUGUUUGUGUCUCAGACAAAUUCAUGCUGGGUGGAGUGAAACUGUUCAGCUGCUAAUUUGCUAAACUUUGUCAACACUACAUAAAACUGGGUUUCUAAAGUUAUACCUCUGUGCCUCAGAAUUACUGACGACUUACUGUAUCAGCCACAUUUAUUUUGUUCACCGUUUAGGAGGUUUUUAAAAGAAAAAUAUCUAAAAGAAAAAAGGAAUCAAACUUACCUGGGUGGAGUCAAGAAAACAAACAAUCUGGUCUCUCUCGUUAGUUGGCCCAGUUCUGAACCUAAUUAACUAAUAAGUGGCAACAAGACAGAACAGGGCUGAGAGGGAGACACUGUAAGACACACUGAGAGUAUAUUUGAAGGCUGUUGUAUUUUAAAACCCUCCAACAAUCCUGCAUGUCUUUGGACUGUGGGAGGAAGCUGGAGUACCCAGAUCAGAUGUAGUAGAACAUUCUGAUAUUUCUGGCAUACUGCAUUUGACAUAUGAAGUAUUAGGUCAUUCUAAAUCUUUUUCUGGCACACUAUAUAGUAUGGUAGUAUGGUUACUGGAACAAACAGCCAAUCAGGCUCAUUUAAGGUAAUAAAAACACAGUGAUUUUUAUUUUCAGGUGAUUUUUACAACAAAGAAAACAUAUUUAUUAUAAUUACAUUCUGUUACUCCAAAUAUAACCUCCUAAAUCCUGCACACUGGACCUUUAAUAUAAUCAAUUCAUAAUAAUAUGCACUUUGUUAAUUAAGGCUUUGUUUGAUGGGAAAUAAAUGGCGACUCACUGCCAAGCGAC